AUGGACAACGGCAUUCACAAUAGACUACAUUCCGACAAGGCCCAAGCUUCACUCGUAAACGGUGUCAAAGAAGAACCUGUGUCUACUCAGCGAACCCACUCGCCGGAUAACAAGGGUGCCGACAAUGGAGCGGCCGUCGUACGUGAUUACAGCAAUCCUGGGAGCAACCUGCACACGCUGCAGAACACCGAGAUGGAGGAACUUCCAGACGAACUUCAGCACAUCACGGCUGAUUCUUUGCCGCUUAGCCUACUUUUGAGCAGACUUGCCCAGUUCUCACAUGCAAAGCUUCAGGAGCUCAUUCUCAACCUAGCAUCGAAGCCCUUGCCAGAGUCGUUUUCCAAUGGCAACAGUGGUGUCAAUGGCGCCGUUAAGGGCUCUGCCAAUGCCGGCGGACAUGUGCCUGAGGACACCUCUCCCGAGAGCCUAGACAAGAAAACCAUGGUCUUGAACUUCAUCCAGGACUUGCAUUCAAGAUGGGUCAAGGCUUUGGUCAUCACAGAAUGGGCCAAGAAUGCCGACGAGGUUGGCAAACUCAUCGACCUAAGGACGCAUCUUGCUGAUAAGUUGGAGCUGUACAACAAGACUUUUUGGGAGUUGGUCAGGGUCAAGCAAGAGUUGGCCUUUGCCAAGGUUCCAAGUCCGGAUCUCAAGACCGCCCUGGAAGUGCUCACCAGUGGCUCCGUCCAUUGGAUGCCAGACUUCGGCUACCUACUCAAACCUCCAUUGACAACGCAAGAGAAGUUGCACUGGCUCAAUGAAAUCGAGGUGACCCUGCAUAUGAGACUGCAGCUGCACGAGUAUGAGCGGAUCCCACAGCCAUGGAGGCAGUACAAGGUUGAGAAUGGCCGGGUUACCUUCACCGUCCCCGGCGAGUUCGAGGUGGAUUUGACCAUAUCCGACGAGGAUUUUGACUCGCAAUUCUGGUUUCUGGACUACCGGCCGAUCUUUACCCCCGCACCUGCCGAGGUCUCGGAGCAUGCUCGGGCGUUCAUCGAAGCCCAAGUCAACACGGUUCUCCAAACGGAAGGGUUACCCGGUUGCUACAAGUACCUCCACGAGCUGACCCUCACGGCCAAAAUCGGAGAGUUUUAUCGUCAGGCUGUUGAGCUUACCCGCACUGGGUUAUGGGUCCAGACACUGAAGGUGGAGAGAUUGGACAGGGCGAUGUCCAUUCAGUACUGGGCCCAGAGUCCACUCUCCCGGGGCACUCCAAGCUGGAUCUUGCUCGGAGUUCACAGCGGCAAGGCUCCAGAAGGGCUCCAUGACCCGGGCACUCCGAGCCAUAUCAUGCUACAAUGGUUCCGCGAGGGCAAGGAGGCCAAGGACAUCUCAAUCCCGUUCGACGUCGACACCAUCUCAACCGAGAAGGUGCUGACAACGGUGAUUUCCAGGCACGUUGAAUACCUCCUUGGGUCAAUGUACAACGCGCUCCUAGGCAAACCCCGGUUCACCCAACGCCAGGGCACAAUAGCCCUUCGGAUUGCGGAUCAACCAGACACGAGCUCCGCGCUCACAAUGCAACUUCUCGGCAAGCACGAUGCCACCCUUGGAGUUGGGACGUGGAUGGGCAAUUUCUAUUUUCACGAGCAAACCCCCACCGGGCGUGACUGGGCGCAAAGGUUUAACUCUCUGCGAAAUCCCGCGCAUGAGGGUGCGAACCUCUUGGAGCAAAUCAGGUGGUCUUACACGGCACGGCGCCUGAGAAUGUUGCCGAAGCCUGCUAUUUGGGUCGUCCUUCCACAGGCCCCCGUCCCCUCGGAUGAGGUGAAGAGCGUUGUUUACUCACCCUCUUCGUCCACCCGAGAACCAUUUCACGCGAUAUGGGUCAGAAACACCCGCUGGCGUCCGCAGUGGUUCGCCAUGAUGAGCUUAAGCCUUGGUGGGGAUGGCUGGUGGUUGGUUGAGGUGUCGGCCGAGGGACGAGGAUUCUCGGGGCCGCGCAUAACUACCUUCACGCAGCUGCCCAUGACACCAAGCGAUCCUCGCUUUCCGGAAAACUCAUGGUUUCCAGAACUCACCAAGCACACAACCAGCAUCAUGGCUCACAUUGACGAUCUCCGUGGGCUCCAUCAGCAACGCACUCGAUAUGGUUUCGGGAAAUCCCGCGACUCUCGAGAUUUGACGACUUACGUGCGAUCACCGGACAUGUUGGCGUCCCAAUCUGCCCCGGAUGACAUAUCCCCGUCACCAUGGGCGACGCAGUUCAUCCCGCUCGUCUAUAAAGGACCUGCACCCAUCCUCGGUCAUGAAUUUGCCGACCUGAUAGCCGAUGCCGGCUCGCUUCAGAAGCAACCGGCACGACAGAGGGUGUUGGUUGAGGCGAAGGUCGCUGUCACGAACCGUGCCCGAUUCGUGCUGCUCGAGCGCAAGCUCGAUCGCGAUGUGUUCUACGACCAUGAACUGGGUCAAUUUACCCUGCGGUUCCGGCCUGACGCCGGCUCCGGGGCUGUCCCCUUACUUCGGGCUCGUAUGCUGGCACUCAAUCGGCUGGUCGGUAUUGUCGACGGUCUCGCCCGAGCUGGCAAGCGGGUGAUGCCCGAGAGGGUUACUCUCCGUGAGAUAGUAUUCACAUACGGGGAUGGCACCCACGGAAGUUUACCGCCUGAUCAGCUCUCCGCGCCCAGCCAGGAAAAGCAGCAGACAUGGAGAUUGCGGCUGAACCUCGCCAAGGACCAAGGUGUGGACGUCAUUCUCGAGGAGGGCAAUCCGCACCUGCGCGUCAAAGACUAUCUGCAGGCCUUCGCGAAUUCGCCUAAGCUCAGGACGAUACCUGGGUGGUUGUUCCUCACGCUCCCUCUCUUCCGAGCACUAGAACGGCUGGAAAGCUCGUGGGAUUCCGUGCUAGCCAAGGAGCAAGGCGCCUGCUACACCUUCCAUAAAUCGAUGGACUGGGUGACGAUCCGAUUCGCGCUCUCCGGGGCUAAGGGCCGGCGCAUGCACCUCGACAUCAAGCCCCGUGACAGGGAAGGCAACCUCGUCUGGCAUGUCUACCGGCCGAUGACGGACGCCAAUGCCACCAACGAAAAUGACGAGUUCAACAAGGUCCUGAAGGAGCGCGUCUGGUCAGUCGACGGACAGGGGUUCAAAGGUCUAAUGAACGGCGCCUUGGCGUCGUGGGACGGCGGCAUUGAGAACCUGAUUGCCCUCAUCGGCGAGACUAUCCAAUCCCUCGCCGGCACACCCCCGCCUUCCCUGGCUGCUGCUCAACCCCACCAACUUUCUCAAGCAUUAUCCGCGGCCCAGCAGCAGCAGCAGCAGCCCGCGGAGCACCAUCAACCUGUCGCGCCACCCGGAGGCGGCCCUCAGCCCGCCAGAUUCGCCUCUCAACAAGCGUAUCAACAACAGCAACAACAAACGCCUUGCCUGCCACAGGCGAGCAUGCACCCGCAGGGCCAGCCACAGGUUCAGCAGCAGCAACAACAGCAGCGGACUGGCAUAGCCAAGAACAACACGCCCGUGGUGGUGAUCGAUUAA